CCCGCGGAGCUUGAUAACCACCAUGUACAUACCAUCUUCAUCGUUCGCACUGACCACCCGUCCGAUGCUCGUGGCAUAAUUGCGCUGAAAACCCCUUCACUCAACUGGGAAGCACGAAAGCACUUACAAAUGUCUGCCUCAUCCGAGUCCUCCUUUAUUAUGCCCUCGCAGCAACUCAUAGACUCGGAUGUGGACGAUGACGACCUUGACUCAUUACCUUCGGAAACCACUGAAGACUCAUCGCAUUAUUCAGAUGCAGAAAGAGAAUGGAGAGAGUCAUUACAGCAGAUAGAGCUGCUUCUGACAAUGAUUUUGAUACCCUACGUCGGGAAGUACUUUGGAAGGAAGUGUGCAUAUUGGGGCUGGGCCAAAUACAUGGAAUGGCAAUAUCCCGUCGAGAUCAAAGUUACGAGCCCUGGGAUGUUCAGAGCAGCUGGCAUGGUAGAAGCAGCUGCCACACUGUGAGAUUCACGAAGUAUCACUUCACCAGAUAUCCCAUAUAUUGCAUUUGGCGGUGGCGUUGGAGACAUAUACACAGGUCCUUUGCAGCGACAGAUGGUAUGUCUGACUCUGUCUGACAAUAACAUAGACCACUUUGAGAAAAGCGGGUUUACUUUGGGGUAGAAGAGGCUCGGCACCCAAAAUGUCGAUGUAUAUACAUAUAUCAAGUCAUGGCGAUAAUCAUGACCAAGUUCUAACGAAGACAACUACCUGCGGCAGAGCAGGAUCAGUAGCUGGCGUCUUCCUGUACCGACUUGUCUUUCCCAUAUCUCUUCUUGUAGCGGGUUGCCUUGUCUUCUGCAAAUUCACAACGGAGAUUUCGCCCUUCGAUCUUGUUGACCCACCACUUACGUGGUUUGGGUUUCUUCUUUCUCUUGGCAUCAGACUGCUCCUCGUCUGGCUCAGCUUCUUGU